AUGUCCAGAAAGCGAAAUGUUGAAGACAUUAUUCUAUCUUCCCGUAAUGAUAAGCUACUUAAAAGCAUCAGAAGCACACAGUUAAGGGAUCAGAGCGUAUCUGCCUCGGCUAUCUCUUCCAUGCGAUAUCUGGGAGGCUCUGACCGGUCGCAAAGAACUCUCAGCAUAGCAUCGCCUAGUACUAGCGUCCUAGAUACUUUAGUGCAGAGGCUAGCAGAGUUUGAGCACACGCUCAAUACUUUCAAAGAAUCUCCUCCUGUCUCCGCUGCAAUAACAAAAAGGAUUGCAGGUGUUGAAACAACGCUUCAUGAUCGUACUCAGGAGCUGAAGCUUCAACUGAUAGAUAUUGAAACACGGCUAAAAGAUAAUGUACAAUCUUUUGCCACAAGGAAGGAGUACCUUGAGAAAAUAGAAGAGCGCGUGGCAGAAUCCUACAGAAAAGCAGAUGGCCUCUCUAGGAACGAGGCCUUGCGGGACGACAUUCUCCUUGCUCACGACAAAUCUCUCACCUCUUUAAUCACUAAAAUUAACGAUCUUUGCUUGUGGUCUGUGCACAUCCACGGUACACAGGAGGAGCUGCAAAGGCGCCUAGCGCAGACAGACGCGGCUCUAGCUGGUCGUGAACCACUAGAGCAUGCCAUACAAAAGCUGGAUCAUCGGGUAGAUAAGUUAGAGGCAGCCAUAGCGUCCCUGUGCAAAGACUUUGCUUUUUACAAACAAGAGGUACAGCACGCACUGAAAGAUAUUCACAAGGCACUGAACCACAAUCACACACAAAAUGGAGCGUAA